CCUAUUUCUGUGAACAGUCAGAAGACCAGCAAAGGCAGUUUCUUUUGACCGCAUUUUCACUAAAUAUGCACUAUGGCGAAAACCAGAGGCGAAAGUACACCUUUCAUAUUUACGGGAAAUCAGUAUGCCAUAACGCAUGGUAUAAAUUACUUGGCAUUUCUAAUGGAUGGUUUUAUGGUUUACUGAAAGAAUACGAUGAGGGAAGAACCUCAGGACAGAAUUUUCGUAGUGGAGUUACAUGGAUGUCUGCUAAAAUGCGUAAAGCUAUAGCAUGGCUGAAAAGGCACGUUGAGAGCUAUGGAGACCGAAUGCCCCAUGAGGACAGAAUAUGCCUGCCAUCGUGCCAAAGCAAAAAUGAGCUUCACAAUUUAUAUAAGAACGACUGCUUGGCUAGCAAGACAGAAUUCAUAAGCAAAUCAGCUUUCAAAGAAAUGUGGAGACAGCAUUUCAAAAAGAUUAUAAUCCCAAAGCAAAACAAGUUUACAAAGUGUGGUGUGUGUACACUAAUCAAACAUUCUCUAAGAAGUACUCGGGACGAACAACAGCGAAUGGAGAUACAAGACAAACGACAACGACAUCUUCAACAACAAUGUGCAGAAAGAAAUCAUUACUACGGUAACAGACUUAAGGCGGAAUUAGAGCCAAAUAAAUAUCUAUCACUAAUUGUGGACGGCAUGGAUCAGGCCAAGACAAAUCUUCCACACGUGACUACUAUAUCUAAAGCAGAAGAAUCUCACUAUCUAAAGUCUCACGUUACUGGAGCUAUCUCACACGGCCAUAGACGCGUUUUUAGUUUUGUUGAUCUUCUACAGUGGAAACAUGACACCAAUUUUACCCUAAAUGUUCUACUUCGCAUUUUUCAGAGCCUAACAAAGGACAAUCGGCUACCUCCUUAUCUGCUCCUUCAGAUGGACAAUUGCUACAGAGAGUGCAAAAAUAAGUACAUUAUGGCAUUUGCAUCUCAUCUUGUUGAAAUAAAAAUGUUUAAAGAGGUGCACAUUUCAUAUCUAAUGGUCGGCCAUGCACAUGAAGAUGUGGACCAGUUUUUCAGCAGAAUUUCCGUAAAGCUAAGGAAUAAAGACGUCAUGACACUCCCUGAGCUCCACAAUACCAUUGCGACAUCAUACAAACCAACUCCAGAAAGUUGUGAUAUAGACGUGAUGUUCGACAUUUCGGGGUGGCUAAAACCACACAUCAUCAAACCCCUAAAAAAUCAUGUUUUCCCUCACUCGUUUAAGUAUUAUCUUGGCGAGAAUGGAAAAGCAUUUCUGCUUUACAAGAACUGGGCAGAUGACGAAACAUGUGAGAAUGACGAUGACCCAAUCCAAAUUCUUACAACCAACCCUACUGGAUUACCACAAUUGUUAAGACCGAAACUGGGAGGUGUGAGAAAUGAGGUUGACCUUGAGGACCUAAAAUUAAAAGUACGGUCUACUGCAAGGAUGUCUGACAUCCAAAGAAAAUGGUGGGAGUCAUUUAUCGAAGAACAACGGAAACAAAUAGACACAUGGGACUCGAUGACUGAAGGUGCAAAAGAACAACUAGCUUUGGAUAACUGGUUACUACCUACUAUUGGCAAAUUCAGGGAGGAGAACGAACCACUUAGUGAAGAAGCAAAGAGACAGCAAGGCGAAUUAAAGAGACUAGAGGAGAAACAGUACAAGUUUCCCAAGAUCAUCGCAGGAAAAGAUAAGAAAGCAAAUAAGAAAGCCAAGCAAAAGGGGAGUGGAAGGAAAAGGAAAGAUGAAAGGGAGACGGACACUGACAAGGAAAAUACUAAACCAAAAAAAAGAGGAAGACCCCGAAAGAAAAAGCAAUGAUACAUUUAUUAGUAUUAUUACAAUAAGAUAAAUGGCAUACCCUUACCAUAGCAGUUAGAAUAUACGUAUAA